AAAUUUCUACUUCUAUGUGCUCUGUGUUUGUCAGCCUCUGGUUUCGAGUUGGAGAAUUAUUUCACAAAGAGAAAAAAAUUGUUCAGCCAAGGUUUCUAUUUUCUGAAUCAAUUCUUAUCAGAAUGGGUAGUUAUGCUAAAGCUGUAAUGGUUGGUUAUAUUUGCCGUUUAUGCUCGGAGCAGAAGAAAAAAGUUAUUCACUUAUAUAGCAGCAAAGCUCAGUCCCUUCAGCUUUUAGAGAAAAUAAAGUUAUUGCCUAUUACAGUACAGAAAUAUGAUAAUUUACCUAAAACAAUUUGUGAAGCUUGCAUUGAUCGGUUAGAGGCACAAUACAAUCUAGUACAAAUUAUUAAAAAGAGUGAUAUUGUACAAAGAAGUCAUAGGAUGUUUCAUAGUAACGGAAGGUGCCCUAUUGAAUGUCCUUUGUAUGGAACAAUUGAUCCUGCUUGGACUGAUCCCUUGAGUUCCACAUGUUGAGUUUUAAAGUAGAUUUUAUGAGUAUUAUUUAUACAUUUCUAUUUUUCUAUAAAUAUGGGCAUGUGUUUGUACAAGUAUUUAUUAGAUAUUUCAUUUGAAAUACAUAAAAAAUUAUUUCAGAA